UAUAUAAAAAAAAAAUUAGUACACUUAUUGUUAAGUCCAAAUUAACCUCGCCUAUAAUUCAUUCUUGAACCCUCAAUAAAAAGAAAAAUUGCGUUUACAUUAAUAUUAAGAGUAAAAAAGUUAUCUAAUUUAUUAUGUACGGAGAGUUGUUUGAAGCCAACAUUCAAGCAUCAUAUGUGAAAAGUCAACUUUCACUCACUUCAUAAACAUCUUUUUUUUAUAGUAACCAAUCUCUCUAUAAUCUCUGAGUGCAAUUUUUUUUAACUUUUUUCUAAUAAUCCACCAGGUUUUGAAUUUUGUUUUAAUACAACUUGCGUCAAUUUUAAACCUUAUAGGAACAUGGGCCAAACAACCCUUAUGCGCGUCACCCCUACGCAAACAUUGAAUUUUUCUUUAGAUGAUUUUUUAAAGUACUCUAGUAAAGUUACUUUGUAUAAUAUAAGUACAACACCAAUCGCCUUCAAAAUAAAAACAACAGCGCCUAAAAAUUAUCUAGUUCGACCAAGUGCUGGAAUUCUGUUAGCACGUGAAUCUAAAAAAAUUGAUCUUCUUUUGGAGAAGCAUGGUGAUGAUUUGGACAAUUCCAUGGAUCGUUUUUUAAUUCAAGCGGUUCCAGUUGAUACUGAAAUCAAAACGUUAACGAAAGAAUUUUGGACUGAUAUUCCGAAAGAAAUAAUACAACAUCAUCGAUUAAACGUUAGCUUCAUAGGUGUAGAGAAUUACCCUGACGAUUAUAAUAACGUUAGUCAAUCGAGUAUUUGUGAGAAAAAAAAUGGAGAACCGAGCUCCCAAGACAAACCAGACAAUGGAGAUCAUGCCUCUUCAGAUGAUGCGGAAACGUUAAGAAAUUUAAAACCGCAACGUAACAUUUCACAUCGAAUGAAUUCCAAUGAAAAAAUUAAUCAAAAUUACAAUGAACUUCUACAAUAUUGUUUGGGUGUUGAAUCCAAAAAAAAAGCAUUGGAAUCAGAGCUUGAAAAAGCUAAUCAAAAAAUUGAACAACUUCAGACUCAACUCAAUCAAUCCAGGUCGUCGGAAGUUUCUCAACACCAUAGUACAUCGCCUAAUCGUUUGAAGAGCAGUCGUGCUGAUUUUAAAACUGAAGAUUAUCUUAAUUGUUUCAAAACGUCUUCUAGUCUUGUUGUUUGGCAACUUUUUGCUCUUAUAAUUAUGAUUUUGUCACUCUUCAAAUUUUUCUGGUUUUAAUCUUUGCUUUAGAUAACUUACCAUUACGUCUUGACGAUUUUCUUUUUUGCUUUAAUUCUAACACAUAAUGAAGAUGGUGACUUACAUUGUAUUCUGGUUUCGGUAUGAAAAACAUUAUUUGAAUGAAUAGACGGCAAAGAAAAAAUACUAUUAUGGGAUU